GCAGCGGGAAGGUGGGCUGGGCUCAGCAGCGUCCAGAGGAUUACAGGAGACACGCCCUUGGACUUAACAACCGGGAGAGACCUGACUCGGUGGUAAUUGACACGGCAAUGAAUAUGACUGUGAGGAUCUCAUUUGUCUGAUAUCUUUUGUUUUUCUCAGAUUUGGCAGAAGCACCUUUGAUGGCAGAUGUCGUCGCAGCGACGGGAUUAACCCGACAUCCAAGCAACGGAAUCAAGCCCUGCCGCCCCUGCAGGUGCGCGCUAACAUCGGAGCUGGAUGGGGGGAGGGCCCCGCUAAACCCCGCUAGAUCUCCAAGCUGCUCUGAGCCUCUGACAGUUUUCAUUUACUAUCUGGACAUGGCAAAACUAUCGGCCUUCUUCGCACCAUCAGCUGCUGGGAAUUGUACCAAGCUUGACGUUUGACCUCAAAUAACGGUCUGACCUCUUACAUUUCCACAAGCACAGCAACAACUGGGCGUCAAAUACCUCGAAACGCCCUCGCCCGUACACAACAGUGACCGAAUCCCUUACCCGACGACGACGACGAGGACGACGACGCCCACCAUGACGUCCGUCAAAAUCAACCACAUAUCAUCGCUCAAUGAGCCGUACCCCUCCCCUUCGGCCCUCGAAGCCGCCACCACAAUGCACGUUCAAGGCGCCUUCGUUGUUGCUACGCGUAAGCUGCCCAUCCUCAAAUCAGGUCCCAUCGACGCCAUGUCGGAGCGGCUAGGAAUUCCAAUUCCCGAGAUGAUCUUCGGUGAUAACCUGGUCUCGAUCACGCACCGGCCAACGGGCUGGUCGAUCGAGUUCAAUGCCGAGGACGCGCUCGAGCGCGUGGACAAAACGGGCGAAAAGAUGCUGCAGGUGGCGUACGCGGGCGAGUGGAGCUCGAGCCGCGAGAAGACGAGCGCGGGCAUCAGCGAGGUGGUCAAGCCGUUUGAUUGGAGUUAUACAACGGACUAUUGUGGGACGGAGAGGCCCGGCUCAACCGGAGGGGCUGAAGGGAAAGAAACAAAGUUGCAUGGGGACGAGAACACACCGGAUAUACCUAUUGAGCUCCUGAAACGGCGAGACCCGAUCCUCUUCGCGGACGAGGUGGUCCUUUACGAAAGCGAGCUAGAUGACAACGGGUGCAGUAUCGUCAGCGUGAAGCUGCGGGUAAUGGAGCACCGCAUGUUGCUGCUGUGCCGGAUGUUUAUGCGGUUGGAUAACGUGCUGGUGCGGGUGCGGGAUACGAGGGUGUAUGUGGAUUUUGACAAGGAGGAGGUAAUUAGAGAGUAUACGGAAAGGGAGGAUAAGUUUGAGAAUGUGAAGACGAAACUCUUCAUGCAAGGCCUCAAACUGGAUCAGGUCACCAUCGCACUUCGUGAUGCCAACCAGGUAGCGCCUCUGCUGCCGCUUAUCAAGCAGGGAGUUGAGAGCGUUAUCCUAGGUCCGGGUGUGGCUACGAAGACGACGACAACAACACGGUUCCCAGGGCAAACGCAAUCGACACCACAGACUCAGUUUGUCCGUCCGCCGCCGAGAUAGGGGCUGAGGACAGAUUCUUGCACGUUUAGAGCAUUGUAUGCAAGAUAAUAUGGGUUAACCUCUUCAUGAUUGACGGAUCAACGGCAUUACAGGCGUUAAGGAGGGUUUGGCUAAGGAUACAUAGAAUCGGGAUCAUGCGGAGCUGCACCAACAACACCGCUAUUAAUCGUGGAUGUUCUCCCGACCUGAUCACCAUUUGAAGAUGCAUAUCAAAGCCGGCCUGUUCAGGUCUUUGGUGAUAGUUUUUGGCGACACCUGAGGUGAACAAGACAGCCUUAUUUUCAGCCAGUGAAUAUGCAGAACGCUAGUAAUCCAGAUACCCGUCGACCUUUGAAACACAAUACAUCAUGUCACAUACCAUUCCGAAUUGUGGCUUGUGCUCGAGUUAAAAAACAGACCACCCAGCAUGAAAAUCCAACUCCAUAACCCAGAAAAUGCAACAUAACCACAUCACCUAGCAUCCGGAAUAGGCGAACUCGGCUGCGUAACCUCCUCAAACGACAGCUCCCACUUAUCCACCUCCUUGAACUUCUUCGCCGCCUUCAGCAGCUCUUCACCCAGUCUCUCCGUCAUCAUUUGCGUCGUUUCCGGCAACUCUUCAGCCUCACCAAGGUCCAUUGCAGAAACUGGUUCCUGGUCAUCAUCGUCGUCCUCGCCAUCCUGCUCCUUAUCCCUGUCACCGCCCGAAGCAUCAGCACCAUCGGCGUUCUCCUUGUCGGAGCCUGCUCUACCGUACGUUCGCUUUGGCUCCGAAGAGCCGGGUUUGGAUUUGGCAGCGGCUUUGCCAUUGGUAGUUGUACCAUGUGGCGGCUUCAUUUUCUGCUUGUCCUUCUCUUUCAGCUGCUUCUGCUUUGCGGCACUGAGCGCCUUUUCCUUCUUUUUCCUGGCGGCAGCGGUGGCAAUGUAUGAUAGUUCGUCACCGUCUGCGGCAGUUUCAUCUUCAGAAGAGGAGGAGGAGCCCUCGUCACUAGUGAUGUCGUAAGGGUUCUCCUUGUUCCUCCCCUUCUUGUUCUUUCUGUCGGGUUUUGCGCGAUUCCGUCGAGCAGGCAGCAAGCUUGUUAGUGCCUCCGUUGCUAAUUUUUCCUCUUCACGCUUCUUGACAGCUCCGGUGGCCUUUUUGAAUGCUGCGGCGGCGACUGCUGAGGCCUUUGCAGUAUUUGGGGCUUUGUAGUUUGGUGAGUGUGUGAGUGAGGGUGGUGAGGAAAGUUCAGAUGACAUGUCCGCGUCUACGGCCCCCAUUGGCCCGGCGCCUAGGCGUGGUAGCAGUUCGGGAGUCUGAAGUCGUUCUGUAUAAACAGGUGCUGCUCGCCGGCUGUUGUAUGACCGGUGCGUCAAGUUGUUGAGUGAUGGCCAGGCCACUGGGCUCUCAGCUUCUGAGGAAUCGCUUGCGGGUGGUGCGUUGACCGGGUCGUUAGGAUCGAUGGGGGGCCUGGACUGCCUGGGAGGACUGGACGGUAUAUGGUCUGGAACAGGCGAAAGGGCGGGUGUUGAGAGUGGCGAUGAAAUGGGGCUGUCGCUUCCAUCUCGCAUCUCUAUCGACUGGUGAAUGACCUCAUUUUCUUCCUCUUCUGGUUCAGGAACAGGUUGCUCAUGUACCACUGAUCUGCCGCGCUUCUUACGACCGGAGUGGCUUUCAAGUGACUUGCGUUUCUUCGAGCGCCGAGAUGGAGAGCCGGUUUCCAUGAUUUCUUCAUCGUCGUCGACAGGCAUCGCUCCACUGGAGGCCGGAACCGUGACAUCGGCACCCAAAGCUGCGCCUGUGAAAGCGCUGGCACCAGACCGUCUCUUCAUCAUGUCGAGCGGCGUCGACUCGCCAUCUGGACCUGAAUCUUCGUCUUCAAUAGCCGCUUCUCGAUCCACAUCCAUAUGAUCUUCCUCAUCAGUCAUGGGGAUGCGUGACACCUGCGAAGUCACGGACAGGGAUCUCUGUCGUCGUCCUUUCUGUGCCGUUCCCAAAAUACUGGGCUCGCGUGCUCGUCGCUUGAACAGACCCAGGUUGAGUGUAGACAUGACGCUCGGUGUAGUGGGCCCCCUGCUACUUGGCCUGACGGGCCCGUCGUCUCUGCCUGAGACACUGUUUUGACGUGGACGGUGGCGCUGGAAGAGACCGACAUCGAACGAAGAGGUGUUGGCGGACCGGUAGCCACCGGCAUUCAGGGCGGUAAUCGUAGGGUCCUCGAGACUAUCGUCGAGGUCAAACAUAUCGUCAUCCAGAUCCAGGCCGGAAGUGUCGCCUGUUAAUCGCCGGGGCGCUCGCGGGCUCGGUCGGGUGGACUCCUCUCUCUCGCGUCUAGAAUAGGAGGUUGCGGCAUCGGGAUUCCGGUCGGUGUCGGCAGUACCGGUUGUUGAGGUCAUAUUGGCCAGCCGGUCCAUGGCCUGGUCUCGCCUCUGUUUCGCGUCCUCCAGCUCCUUAGCCUGGUCGGAAUUCAUGUGUCGUUGGGCUGCUGCCACGGCGGCGGCGCGCUGCUUAGCGCGUUCCUUUUCUCGAUCGCUAACAUCGUAGAUAUCGCUGCUGGGGUCUGUGGCAGUCGGCUUAGUGACGACGGGUGGUGUGGCGGAGGAGCUGUUCGCUGUAGGCUGCGACGGCACAACCCGUGAUUUCCUU